CGGUGAUUGCGGGGAACCCUGUGCUAGUAGCGUCGUUUCCGUUGCCGGCUGUUUGCAGUUGGGGAAACCGAGGCAGACUCCAGCUCCCCUUAGCUCUUCCGCUCCUGUGAGUUGGGUUCCCUUUGUCAACUGUUGGGCCCCAAUUCUCAAAGAGUGAAAAAUUUUAAAAAGGGAACCAAGAGCUUAAAUUUUAAGAAAAAAAAAUGUUUAUUUCUUUGUGGGACUUCUUCUAUGGGCACUUUUUUCGGUUUUGGAUGAAAUGGCUCUUACGACAGAUGACUGGAAAGUGUGAAUUGCAGCGAAUUUUUGAUACCUAUGUAGGUGCCCAGAGGACACACAGGAUAGAAAAUUCCUUGAUGUAUUCCAAGAAUAAGGUUUUACAGGAAGCCACAUUUGCUGCUCAGAGUGAAGUGGACAAAUGCGUAGACGACAUAAUGAAAGAGAAGAAUAUUAACACCGAGAAGGAUGUCAGUUUUAAAAUCUGCAUGAAGGCAUGCUUACUGCAGAUAUCUGGUUAUAAGCAGCUCUAUUUGGACGUAGAAGGUGUGAGAAAAAGACCGUAUGAUUCUGAUAACCCGCAACACGAAAAGCUGCUGCUCAAGCUUUGGAGUCUUCUAAUGCCCACAAAAAAGCUGAAGGCCAGAAUCUCCAAGCAGUGGGCUGACAUCGGUUUCCAGGGUGAUGACCCCAAAACAGACUUCAGAGGCAUGGGCAUACUUGGAUUAAUCAACCUUGUGUAUUUCAGUGAGAAUUAUACCAGGGAAGCUCAUCAGAUUCUUUCCCGCUCCAAUCAUCCUAGCUUAGGGUAUUCUUAUGCAAUAGUUGGGAUCAACCUGACAGAGAUGGCUUACAGCUUGCUGAAGAGUGAAGCGCUGAAAUUCCAUCUCUACAACUUUGUUCCUGGUGUGCCAGCGAUAGAGCACUUCCACCAGUUUUAUUGUUACCUUGUCUAUGAAUUUGACAAGUUUUGGUUUGAAGAAAAGCCAGAAAGCAUUAUGUAUUUCAACAUAUAUAGAGAGAAGUUUCAUGAAAAGAUUAAAGGACUCCUACUGGAUUAUAAUGUGUCACUCACUUUAAAAAUAUGAAUCAUCCGUAGUAUCUUCUAUUUCUACCACAUUUUGCACACACAGCAGAAUUUAUAUGUUGUAAUAGAAAUUAUCUGAUCAAAUACACUGCUUAUAUGUAAUUUCCUACAAAAGUUUUUCAGAAAUUCUAUUUAAGAAAGCUACUGGACAAUCAGUGUAUGUUUACAGUUGUUUAUACACUGUCCUCCAAAGGAACCUUUUCCUUCCAAAGACCCCUCUGUAGAGUCAUGGGAACUACAGUUCGGAACUUGGGACUUAGCCCAUUUAGUGUAAAAGUACAAGCCAGGUACUGCAUUUGUAUUAAACUGGUUGAUUAAAAUGUGUGAAUAUCAGUUUUCACUUUAUGUGUAGCUAUCAAGUUGCUAUCUUUGCAAAGCUCUUAAAAUUUUUUUGUUGGGUUUGGACAUGCUAGUUCUUUAUUUUCUUUUUCUUAUUUGUAGGUUACUUGGGAGGGAGGGGGAGUGGUUCUUCAUGGUUUUUGUUUGAAUCUCACGCAGAUGCCAGUGUGGCCUCGUCGGCAGCAGCGAGAGCACAGGUAUAGCAGAGGGGAUGAACACGCCUGGCCUCCGUGGUGGUUUGUCUGAUUACUUAGCAUCACAGAUCAUGUUAGAACCACAGUGUUGGCGACUAGCUUUUUUGUUUUUUAAACACCAUACUUUCAAAUAUUACGAUGUUCUUUUAAAGCUUAGAGACAGUUCCUCCUUGUCAGUCUUUGCUUUUUGUUAGUGGGGGAAAGGGACCUGAGUCGGUGCUUGGCGUGAGGGCCUUUUAUGGGGUCGGCCCUACCUGCGUGUACUUAGGAAAAGAGAGGUGUUUGCUGGGAACACCUUGACUGUGUUCAAAGGACAGUUGCUGUUUCAAUAAAGCUGUCUUUGAACUUAGACAGGAAGAAGACUUAAAGCAUUUUUAUAAACUUGGUUAAACACCAUUGGUUUAUUUUAUUUACUGUUAACUCUCAGUCUCUGCUCUGACUCCGUAGUGUAUGUAGUUGAUGUGUAGACUUUAUGGGUGUUCUUUGAGUUAACAGUGUGGGAUUCUCAAGUAGCCUGAGGAGGAUGAUUAUGCAUUCUGAAUAGCUUUGUUCUUCUACAAUCUCAGGGCGGCAGCAGGUGUGUUCAGGAUUAUACGGUGAUGAGAUUCUAAAGUGAACAGUUUCUCCUUUAGACAUUAGUUCUCAUAGCAGAACUCUAGUUUGAAGAUAAGUUCAUGUUUUCCUUAAAUCCUACAGAAACCAGCCUGUCAAAGACAUAAUUUAAUCUAAAACACAAAGACCUGAGACUUUAAAGUAUUUGUUCAUGUUUAUUAACAAACCUCUCUUCAAACUUGCCAGAGAAGAGUGGUAAGAUAAUACUCCAUUGUAACGUAACAGCUGUGGCGUUGUACGGCACAUUAAAAGUGCGUGCAUUCGAGUCACAAUUUUCUCACGAAGAAACUAUUUUAAAAAUUGGGUUCACUUUAUUGCAGUCCUGGCAGUUUACCUGUUCAUUCUGUAUUAGAGGAGUUUACAAAUGUGGUUUCUUGUAGGGGACUGAACCUUGGGAGUAUUUCAUUUUUUAGCAUGUUUUUCAGUGCUGUGUCGUCCCGCUGGAGUUCUGUGAGCUGUAGCAGCGCCCUGCUGAGGAUCAGGUGUUGAUCAUUCAGUGGUUUGCUCUGGUCAAGGUGCUCCCUAGUAUGGGAAAGCAAUUGUCUUUGAAUUUUUGUGCUGAAAACACUUGUAUUUUAAUUUUUCCAUAGCUGAGAUCUUGAACUGAUUUAAACCUUUGUCAUUAUGCCUAAUAAAAGAACAACUCAAGUAUUGGGGGGGGGUGCUUUUUGAGUAAUUAAGUUUUUUCCCUUUCUAGGGAGAAAAAAACCGUAGUAUUUUUUAAAUGUCAUUAGAAAAUUUGCUCUAAUAUGUUCUUUAGUUCCACCUCUGUUUGUACAGUACAGAUAGUGUUCUGUUUUUGCUUAAAUAAUCAGUAACCAUUUCACAUAGUUCUAUGGCAAACUGGUCUAAGCCACCGACAGAUUCUAAGGUUUGAAUCUGAAAGCCAAGCGCAAUGUCACCAGUUGUAAAUUAGAGUGUAACAUGCGCCUUCUGACUUUUAUGUGAUAGUGACAUAGAUGAAAAGAGAAAUAUAAUUGUGUCUGCCUUCCUACUUUUCCUUGCUCUCCACGUUAUGUUAGAAUUUUAUGUAGUCUUAAAAUCCAUGUUGAGAACCUUUCCUGUUUCUAUAAUAAUGAAUAAGUACCAAAGUAGUGAUAGAACUUAAGUACCAGGAAAGUUACGUUUGCUUUAGCAUCAGAAAAGUGAGUCAGUGUUGAAAUGAGAUGUUGUGUGCGCCAGGCUGAAGAGCAUGUGCCAGUGACAAGGACAGUCUAAAAACAGUCAAACCAUUGUAGUUUGCGUACUGUGUUCGGACGGUGCAGGGUGGGGGAGGUCAGAGGAUGUCAGUGAACUGAGACCACCCUCCCUUUGUGUAUGAAUCCGGUGACACAGACGGAAGAGUCGGUGUCCUACUGGCCCCACUCAGAGUCUAGGAAACGGCCUUUUUCCUGAGAAUGCCCACCCUGAAUUUUUUCUCUUUUAAGAGCUACUUGGAUUUGUAUAUAUUUUUCUGAGUCAAAACAUAUGGACUCUUCAUUCUUAUUCCAGUGUCCACAACGGUUUAUGUACGUUUCUCUCCUGUGCGUUCAGCGAGGUAGAACUUGCGCAAAGCUUUGCUCAUUACGUGAGUGUGAAAAGUGGAAAGGCUUGUGGCCAGGGCAGGAAGGCUCACAUGUUGUCACGGCCCCGAAGAGAAGAGGUUUGGCUUGGGGGGGUGACACUGCUCAUUAUCCUUCUGGAACUAACGAGGGGCCAGCAGCUGUUUCCUCGGGACACAUGGCCCCCCCGCCUUCUCUGUGGACCAGUCCGGGGGGGCUCAAUUUCUGUUUUCCUGUCUAUGAACCUCUCCACAUCAGCGAAUUUUUCAUAAAAAUUAAUGGACUUGUUAAAAAUCAGAAAGGAAAUGUCAUGAGUGACCUUUUUCUUCCUUUUUUUCCCCGUCUUCGGCCUUUGAUAAGAAGAAAUUCAAAUGUAGUUAGUGCAGGUGAGACCCCAGUAUUACACUACUAUGUAUAAUAGGGCGAUUCUAUGUUUCUAUUUAAGUAUUCAACAAAUAUUUAAGCAGUAGCUGUCCCUGGGGGGGCGGGGUAAAGUGCUGGCUGGCAACUUAAACAGAUUUUUGUCUACUUUGGAUAAAGCAAUUAAUUUCCUAUGUAAAAGCAAUAGCUGAGAUGUGAUGUCAUAUUGUUAGGAAUGCUGUGAGCAAAUAAAAAUCGUUGAAACUUC